AGGAUUGUGUUCGUUCACAGUCAAUAUUUACGAUUUCUCCUGGUGAACCCUGAAUUGCAAUAUGGCUGCCUAAGCCCCUUGAAAGCGAGUCUGAAGCCUGGGAGGUUCUUAUGUUUACCAUGGGCUGGAAGUUUGCACAAAACUACCUCCCCGGCUUCAGACUCGCCCCUCCUCUUAUCAUAUUUCAUUAUGAACAUAGUGGAAAGCAGCCCAUUUGUGUCUAAACUGAAGAGCAGCAGCAGCCACGAGAGUGAUCUGAGGUACGACUUGUCCUGUGAACUCUAUAGGAUCUCUACCUUUUCGACUUUCCCUCUGAAUGUCCCAGUGCCGGAAAGGAGUCUUGCCCGUGCUGGUUUCUAUUACACCGGUCUGAAAGACAAAGUGAAGUGCUACAGCUGCGGCUUGAUGCUGGAUAACUGGAAAAAAGGAGACAGCCCUUUGGACAAGCACAAACAGCUGUAUCCCAGCUGCAGCUUUGUGCAGAGCCUGGCUUCAGCAAGCAAUCUCGGCUCAUCCUUUCAUUCUGCCUUUUCGCCUCCAGUUUCUUCAAUGGGCGCUAAGAUGGACGUUGAAAGAAAAGCGCCAAGUUUGGAUCAAAUUGGGUAUUUCAGCCGGCGCUACUCCAGCUUUCCCCAAGAUCCGGUAACAUCCAGGGCAGUGGAAGUCCUCUCUCAUUUCAGACCCAGAUCUUUCAAUCAUGACAUGAGAGCCGAAGACGCCAGACUGCGCACCUUCCAGGCGUGGCCCCUGACUUUUCUGGCCCCAUCUGAUUUGGCCAAAGCUGGGUUUUACUAUGUGGGCCCCGCGGAUCGGGUAGCUUGCUUUGCCUGUGGCGGCCAUUUGGGCAACUGGGAUCCCGAGGAUAACGCCAUGUCUGAACACCGGAGGCACUUUCCCAACUGCCCUUUUGUGAAGAAUCUGUUUGGAGACCUGCCCGGUUUCUCGGUUUCUAACCUGAGAAUGCAAACCCGCAGUGCCCGCGUCAGCACAUUCACCAGCUGGCCGAUGACGAUCCCAGUUCGACCCCAGCAGCUUGCAGACGCCGGCUUCUAUUACGUAGGUUGCAACGAUGAUGUCAAAUGUUUCUGUUGUGACGGUGGACUCAGAUGCUGGGAGUCUGGGGAUGAUCCGUGGGUGGAGCAUGCAAAAUGGUUUCCAAGAUGUGAGUACCUGCUUCAUGAGAAAGGGCAGGAGUUUGUCCAUCAGGUUCAAGAAAGAUACCCUCGCCUUCUUGAACAGCUGUUGUCCACUUCAGACAUACCUAUGUUUGAAAACAACGACCCUCCAGUCAUCCGUUUUGAACCUGGAGAAAACCCUUCAGAAGAUGCAGUAAUGAUGAAAAACCCUGUCGUGGAAGCUGCUUUGGAGAUGGGAUUCAACAGAAGACUCAUUAAGCAGACCAUUCAGAGUAAAAUCCUAACCACAGGAGAGAGCUACAAGACGGUAUAUGAUCUCGUGUCCGAUCUUGUUGCUGCAGAAGAUGAAAGCAGGGAAGAAAAGGAAGUGCAGUUGGAGGAAGUGACAUCAGAUGAUCUGUCCUUAAUCCGAAAGUACCGGAUGGCGUUGUUUCAGCGCUUAACGUGUGUGCUUCCUAUCCUGGAAAAGUUGCGGACUUCCAAAGUCAUAACCGAGCUGGAAAACGAUGUCAUUAAACAGAAAACACAGACGCCCCUACAAGCGAGGGAAUUGAUCGAUACCAUCUUGGUGAAAGGCAAUGCAGCCGCGAGCAUAUUCAGAAGCUGUUUACAGGAAUGUGAUCCUCUGUUAUACCAAGAUUUGUUUGUGGAGAAGAAUGUGACAUACAUACCAACGGAAGAUGCUUCAGGUCUGCCCAUGGAAGAACAACUGAGACGUCUACAGGAAGAGAGAACAUGCAAAGUCUGCAUGGACAAAGAGGUGUCCAUUGUCUUCAUCCCGUGUGGUCAUUUAGUGGUGUGUAAAGAGUGCGCGCCAUCUCUUAGGAAAUGCCCUAUAUGCAGGGGCACGAUCAAGGGCACCGUUCGGACAUUUCUUUCAUGAGGGUUUAAAAGA